AAAAAAAAGUGAAAAGUCGGUCCCCAAAAUCCCCAAUUGGAGACCGAUCUUCUUUCUUCCAAUCUCUCAUCUGCUUCCUCAUACAUUCGGAUUCGCUUCUCUAUUCUGAUUCUACGAUUCCAUUCCAUUCCAUCAAUUCAAUUCUUCUACCAUCCGAUUGUUUUCCUUCCACAGGUAAAGGUUAAGAGAGAUGGCUAACAAUGCUGCUACGUGUGCUGAGAGGGCAACAAGUGACAUGCUUAUUGGUCCUGAUUGGGCAAUUAACAUUGAGUUGUGUGAUAUCAUCAAUAUGGACCCUAAGCAAGCAAAGGAUGCGUUAAAGAUACUUAAGAAGCGUUUGGGCAAUAAAAGUCCUAAGAUACAACUUCUGGCACUUUUUGCACUGGAGACCCUUAGUAAAAAUUGUGGUGAAAGCGUGUUUCAGCAGAUUGUUGAGCGGGACAUCUUACAUGAUAUGGUUAAGAUAGUGAAGAAGAAGCCUGACUUAAAUGUGAGGGAAAAGAUACUGAUUUUGAUUGAUACAUGGCAAGAAGCUUUUGGGGGCCCAACCGGUGUUUACCCCCAAUACUAUGCAGCAUAUAAUGAAUUAAAGGCUGCUGGAGUUGAAUUUCCACCACGAGCAGAGAGCAGUGUGCCAUUUUUCACUCCUCCUCAAACCCAGCCAGUUGUUCAUUCAGCUGUAGAAUAUGAUGAUGAUGCUGCUAUUCAGGCUUCUCUUCAUUCGGAUGAAUCUGGCCUUAGUGUGCCAGAGAUUCAAAAUGCUCAAGGACUAGCUGAUGUUUUGAUGGAAAUGCUGAAUGCCCUGAAUCCUAAAGAUCCCAAGAGCGUGAAAGAUGAAUUCAUUGUUGACCUUGUGGACCAGUGCCGAUCUUAUCAAAAGCGUGUGAUGCUUCUUGUGAACAAUACUGCGGAUGAGCAGCUUUUAAUUCAGGGAUUGGCACUGAAUGACAGCCUUCAGCGAGUACUCCUCAAACACGACAAUAUUGCGAACGGAACUGUCGAUACAGGUGCAAGAGCAACAGAAACUCCAGCUCUGCCACUUGUAAAUGUAAAUCACGAGGAUGAUGAUGAGUCAGAGGAUGAUUUUGCUCAACUAGCCCAUAGGUCAUCACGCGAUACUAAUGCACAGAACCGGAAACCAGCCUACGACAAGGCAGAACCAGGGAGGUUUAACUCAUUUCUUCCUCCACCACCACCAUCAAAGAAUCCGGUCUACUCUGACACAGGCAUGGUUGACUAUCUCAGUGGUGAUGCAUAUAAAGCAGAGGGAGGAUCCUCUGAAAACUCAAAGCAGACUCCGUUGGCAGCUCCGACUAAUCCCACCGCAUCAACUAUUCCUGCACGGUCCUCUUCACCUCCUACUCAUGCCAGGAGUACUUCACCAAUUGUCAGUGGCCAGCCUGUGUAUGAUGAGCCAUCUCCCACAAAAAAGUAUUCAGAAGAUCUGCCUCCAGCUCAAUGGGACAGGGACACACCAUCUACUGGGUUCCUUCCACCGCCACCUGCGAAGCACAACCAGAGACAACAAUUUUUUGAGCAACAAAGUGGAACAACUUAUUCAAGUGGUGGAUCCAGUUCCUCUUAUGAUGGUUUGGUUGGGCAAACUCAGAAUCUGUCUCUAAAUCCAUCCACCCCAACCAAACAACAGAAGCCAGAAGAUGUCCUGUUCAAAGAUUUGGUUGAUUUUGCCAAAUCCAAAACCUCUUCAUCUUCCAAACCAAAUAAUAGGUCAUAUUGAGAUAUUGUUUGUAUUGUUUAUACUGCUACAGCUCACGAGUGUGGUUCAUCGUGUUUUGCUUCAGAUCAUUGAGACAACCCAUUUUGUGGUUGUGUUUAGGAAUCUUCGGGUAUGAUUUUCCCAUGCGUGUACGUAGUUUAAAAUCUAUAGUCGUUGCAUAUAUUCAUGUAUAUGGUUCAUAUUGGAUUUGUUGGCUCGUGUUCUAAAUAAUAUCGGAUUCCUAGCUUCAGAAUUUCUUCCAAAA